AUGGAAACAGUACCUACUUGCUUCUUCUGCGGUAGAAUCCCAGCAAAAAGUGAGCUUUUCCGUUAUAACGCCUCUUAUGUGCCCUUUUCUUCAUUUGGUUCAUUCUGUCUUUUAAACCGUAGUAAUAAUAAUGCAUAUACCAUGUCUCCAAUGUGCUCUUUGUCACCUUCAUUCGGCACCCAUCGUCUCAUUCGAAAUGCAACUAACAUCAGCUGUGAAAUUAAGCAGCUUCCGAGUUACGCCAAGGGGAGAAGAAGAAGAGGGAAGAGAGAGAAACAAGAGGAAAGGGAACCCAAUGAGAAUGGAGACCCAAUUGGGUGGAAGGAACUUGGGAAGAGUGUAGUGAGGUGGAUUCGUCAUAGCAUGAGGGCUAUGGCUUCUGAUUUUGCUUCAGCUGAGUUAGAGGGUGAGUUUGAGUUCUCCGAGUUGAGGCAGAGAAUGGGACCUGGUCUCACUUUUGUAAUACAGGCUCAACCGUAUUUGAAUGCUGUUCCUAUGCCGCUUGGACUUGAAGUUAUCUGCUUGAAGGCUUGUGCUCAUUAUCCCACUCUUUUCGACCACUUUCAGAGGGAGCUUCGUGAUGUUCUCCAAGAUCUACAGAAUAAAUCCUUGGUCCAGGAUUGGCGUGACACUCAGUCUUGGAAACUGCUUAAGGAGCUCGCCAAUUCAGCUCAGCAUAGAGCAGUUGCGAGAAAGAUAGCGCAGCCCAAGACUGUCCAAGGAGUUUUAGGAAUGGACAUAGAAAAGGUCAAAGCAAUACAGCACAGGAUUGAUGAGUUCACCAACCGCAUGUCAGAAUUACUCCGUAUUGAAAGGGAUGCUGAGUUGGAGUUUACUCAGGAAGAACUGGAUGCUGUUCCUAAACCACCAGAUGAUACUUCUGAUUCAACAAAACCGAUUGAGUUCUUGGUUAGUCAUAGCCAGCCACAGCAAGAACUCUGUGACACCAUUUGUAAUCUAAAUGCCAUCAGUACCUCUACAGGAUUGGGGGGAAUGCAUUUGGUGCUAUUCAAGGUUGAAGGGAACCACCGGUUACCACCUACUACUCUUUCACCUGGAGACAUGGUUUGUGUGAGAACGUGUGACAACAGGGGUGCAGUUACAACUUCUUGCAUGCAAGGAUUUGUGAACAAUCUUGGGGAUGAUGGCUAUAGUAUUAGUGUUGCUUUAGAGUCACUUCAUGGUGAUCCUACAUUCUCUAAACUAUUUGGGAAGAGUGUGCGCAUUGACCGUAUUCAAGGACUGGCUGAUACACUUACUUAUGAGCGCAACUGUGAAGCCCUAAUGCUGCUUCAAAAGAAUGGUUUACAAAAGAAGAACUCUUCAAUUUCUGUUGUGGCUACACUGUUUGGAGAUGGCGAAGAUGUUGCAUGGCUUGGAAAUAAUCAUUUGGCUGACUGGGCAGAAGAAAAAUUGAAUGGAAUAUUAAGAAGUGAAACCUUUGAUAAUUCUCAGCAGAGAACAAUUGCACUGGGUUUGAAUAAGAAGCGGCCUGUAUUGGUUAUCCAAGGGCCUCCUGGUACAGGUAAGACUGGUCUGCUCAAGCAACUUAUAGCAUGUGCUGUUCAGCGAGGUGAAAGGGUUCUUGUUACAGCACCAACCAAUGCAGCUGUUGAUAACAUGGUUGAAAAGCUUUCAAAUGUUGGAUUAAAUAUUGUGCGCGUUGGAAAUCCAGCUCGUAUAUCAAAAACAGUGGGAUCAAAAUCUUUGGGAGAAAUUGUAAAUGCGAAGCUUUCAAGUUUUCGAGAAGAGUAUGAGAGGAAGAAAUCAGACCUAAGGAAAGAUCUAAGUCAUUGUUUAAGGGAUGAUUCACUAGCUGCGGGCAUACGCCAACUUCUGAAACAGCUGGGAAGAUCUCUAAAGAAAAAGGAAAAACAGACCAUGAUUGAAGUUCUAUCUAGUGCUCAGGUUGUGCUUGCCACUAAUACUGGAGCAGCUGAUCCUUUGAUUCGAAGGCUUGACAGUUUUGACUUGGUUGUCAUAGAUGAAGCUGGACAGGCAAUUGAGCCCUCUUGUUGGAUUCCUAUAUUGCAGGGAAAGCGCUGUAUUCUUGCUGGUGAUCAAUGCCAACUUGCUCCUGUCAUAUUAUCUAGAAAGGCCUUAGAGGGUGGUCUAGGAAUCUCUCUACUGGAGAGAGCUACAACUUUGCAUGAAGGGAUUCUCACCACCAGAUUAACAACACAAUACCGUAUGAACGAUGCAAUUGCUAGUUGGGCUUCGAAGGAGAUGUACGGAGGAUUGUUGAAGUCCUCUGCGACCGUCUUCUCUCAUCUUCUUGUUGACUCUCCUUUUGUUAUGCCAACAUGGAUAACACAGUGCCCACUGCUAUUGCUCGAUACUAGAAUGCCAUAUGGAAGUCUGUCAGUUGGUUGUGGAGAGCAUCUAGACCCAGCUGGAACAGGCUCGUUUUAUAAUGAAGGAGAAGCUGAUAUAGUCUUGCAGCAUGUCUUUUCCUUAAUUUAUGCUGGUGUUAGCCCUACUGCUAUUGUAGUGCAAUCCCCUUAUGUCGCUCAAGUACAACUUUUGAGGAACAUGCUUGAUGAGUUUCCAGAAGCUGCAGGUACUGAGGUUGCCACAAUUGAUAGUUUUCAAGGUCGGGAAGCUGAUGCAGUAAUUUUGUCCAUGGUACGUUCAAACACAUUGGGAGCUGUUGGAUUCCUUGGGGAUAGCAGAAGAAUCAAUGUUGCCAUCACAAGAGCACGCAAACAUUUAGCUGUGGUUUGUGACAGCUCAACUAUAUGCCACAAUACCUUCUUAGCAAGAGUUCUGCGUCAUAUACGACACUUUGGUAGGGUGAAGCAUGCAGAACCAGGUAGUUUUGGAGAGUCUGGACUUGGGAUGAAUCCAAUACUACCUUCCAUUAAUUAGUAUUGCAACAGUUGCAAGAAACAAAUUUCAAAAAUGACCUACCAAUUCUUUGGGAGGGUAUUUAUUUAUUUUUCAUCAAAAUAGUGAAAGUAUGUGUGCAUGAAAAGAGAUGCAAGCUAUAUCGAAGCAUUGUUAUUCAUCUUCUUAUGGUGACCUUUAUGCCGGAAUCAGAAUUGCAGCAAGGGGGAUAUACAUGGCUGGUUUUUCACAUGGUAGAACUUUAGAAUGUAUAGCAAUUUAUAAAUCUAAGAUUUGUGUAUAAUUCAUGAAAAUCAAGGAAGAAAAGUUGAUUCAACUCACAGAUAGUAACAUGACAAUGUAUACUUUGGUCCAUUUUAUGUAUUGUGAAUCACAACUGCCAGUGUUAUGCGUGAAAUU